AUGAAAAACUAUUUUGUGGAUGAAAAAAUCUGGGUCCUGGGUCCUGGGUCCCUGGGUCCUGGGUCCCUGGGUCCCUGGGUCCUUGGGUCCCUGGGUCCCUGGGUCCCUGGGUCUCUGGGUCCCUGGGUCCCUGGGUCCCUGGGUCCCUGGGUCCCUGGGUCCCUGGGUCCUUGGGUCCCUGGGUCCCUCGGUCCUGUAACAGUCACCACGAGAAAGAAGUUGAAGAAAUGGAAAAAUCAAUCUACGAAGAAGAAUACGUCGACAACAGAAGAGUACGAAUAUGAUGACGAGAAUGAUGAAUCAGAAGGCUUGGAAUAUUACGAUUCCAGAGAGCAUAACGAUGAUACUUUUGGAAACGAUUUGGCCCAAAUAAUGAAACAUUAA